AUGAGGAUACAUCCAUCGAAGAAAUCCCUCGUGAACAUCACCACGAUGGUAACCGCAUAUAUGAAGCCGGAAUCCGAGAAGGGACACGUCGUGAACUACAACGUGAAUACCGGGAAAGGAUACCAAGUUCGCCCUAAAGUCGUUACAAAGAAGACCAAGACACACAGCCUAGUCGUCCACAAGAAGAAAAAGCCUAUACAGGAAAAUGCAGCUUCGCAGGCUACCGAAAGCUACGUUGGCAAAUACGAAGAGAAGCGUAAACAAGAAGCCGAGCAGAAGCCCGACUUCGUUCGCCAGAAUACGUUCAAGCCUCCAGCGAACAGACAUGACGAAAGAUCAACAUUCGCGAUCAAAUCGGUGUUCAAGACCAAGGACUACUAUGUAUCGGGCAAGAGGGUUGGCUAA